GUAUACCUAAAAUGUUUCACAUUAUCUCUGCUAUAUGCUAACCAAACCUAACGCUACCAGCCGUAAACCAAUUUCGCGCUCUCUCACUCUGCCGUCAACUCACCGUCGUCUCUCUCCGUCUCCGGCACCGUUAUUAAUCUCCGUUACAGUUCGCAGACAAAGCAGAAUCUCCGCCUCAAACAACCAUGAGGAAGAAGAAAAAUACCUUUAGAAGGCCUGUUAUCAUAAAGAAUCAAAAGCAACCAGAGGCACAGUUGAGUGUGGAUCCUAUUACCGGAAAGAAGAUACCGAAAAGUUUUGUGUUUUCACGAGGGAAGUUGCCUGUUCCUCUUAAACAGCUUCAGAUGGACCUUAGAAAGUUGAUGCUUCCAUAUACUGCUCUUAGCCUCAAGGAAAAGAAACGGAAUAAUCUGAGAGACUUUCUGAAUGUUGCUGGACCUAUGGGUGUUACACAUUUCCUCAUACUGUCAAAAACUGCAGCCUCACCUUACUUGAGGGUUGCAACUACCCCACAAGGACCUACUCUCACAUUUAAGAUACAAGAAUACGCACUGGCAGCCGAUAUUGCCAAAUCUCAAUUGCAUCCUCGUUGCCCUAAGGAUCUAUUUAAAAAUUCUGCAUUGAUUGUGCUUUCUGGAUUUGUUAGCGGAGAUUUACAUCUACGACUUACGACUAACAUGUUCCAGAAUAUUUUUCCGACAAUUGAUGUUAAAACCGUUAAACUGACGUCUUGCCAAAGGAUUGUGUUGCUUAAUUACAACAAAGACACUAAGCUCAUUGAUUUUCGGCAUUAUUCUAUUAGAUUACAACCUAUAGGCGUUUCACGGAGAAUUAGAAAACUUGUUCAAAGCCAUCAGGUUCCUGAUCUAAAGAAUCUUCAAGACGUGAGCGAUUUUGUCACAAAGGCUGGCUAUGGAUCAGAAAGUGAAGCAGAUGAAGAAGCAGCAACAGUGACGUUGUCUAGUGAUAUUGGUAGAGUUAACCGCGCUUCUACAAAAAGUGCUGUCAGGCUUCAAGAGAUUGGUCCUAGGAUGACUCUUCAAUUAGUUAGGAUUGAGAAGGGAUUGUGUUCGGGUGAAGUCCUCUUCAGCGAAUUCGCUUCAGGAAAAGCUGGUGACAAAGAAAACAGUGAUGAUAAGAUGCAGGACGACAACAAUGAAGAUUCAGAAGGUGGUGACGAUGAUGAUCAAGAUGGAGAAGAUUCAGAAGGUGGCGACGAUGAUGAUCAAGAUGAUGAAGAGCUCGAUUAGGAAAAUAGUGGCAAUCCAUAAUGCUAGGAAAAUGAAAGAGUACCACUGGAAAGUUUUCUGUUAUUCACCGGUGUUGCAUUAAAUUUGUUUGUUCUUGUUAAAUUAUACAAAUUUUGAGUAAGCAAAUUAUAUAAGAUUAAAUGACUUUUCUUUUCUACCAAAAUUUAA